AAAAAAAAAAAAUAGGCAAUAUGGAACCUACUUCAAAUAUGCCUUGUUCUGCUCUGACUGAUGCUUUAACUGCAUUGGCCGAUAAUACUUCACCUGAAAGAAGACACUCAACUGUAAAAACUAUCCCUCGUUCUCAACAAGCUUCUUAUUUAACAGAUACGGCUGACGCUGUUAGAGAAGUAGCAAGAAAGUUAGGUAAAAAGCAAUAACAAUGACCAUCUUUCAUUUGAUGAACAAAUCGAUAUAGGAAAAACUCGCUUGAAAUGGGAAAACCCUAAAUCCGUUAUGAUUAUCACUAAACCUGGAGACUGUUCACUUAUCAAAAUGACACGAGAGAUGGCGUUGUAUUUAAUAGAAACACCAAGAUAUGGCAAGGAUAGUGGAAUUUGCUGCUAUGUGGAUGAGAAACUUAAAAACUCUAAACGGUUCAAUUACCACAAAAUCCUUGAAAAACACCCCAUUGCUGAAGAAAAACUCAAGUUCUGGACACCAGAAUUAUGUGCCUUAAAGCCCAAAUCAUUUGAUUUGAUUAUUACCCUGGGUGGUGAUGGCACAGUACUGUUUUCUUCUUGGUUAUUUCAAAAUUACAUACCACCUGUCAUUCCAUUUCAUUUAGGCUCACUUGGUUUCUUAACUCCUUUCGAUUUUGAUCGCUACCAAUUACAUAUUCGAAAUGCGAUUGAACGUGGUGUUCGUAUCAAUUUGCGAGGUCGAUUGACUUGUACUGUCUAUCGAAGUGUACCUAAUCCAGACUGUAAAUCACCUGAAUCACAACUAAGAAAUGUAGUACGAGACCCUAUUACAGGCAAAUUUACCAUAGGUGGUUGGUGUCAAGAACUAAAGAAACAAAGACGGAAAAAGAAGUUUGGCGAAGUAGACGGUGAUGAUGUGGAUGAUGAAGGCGAAUGCGAGUCUGUAGAAAAGACACAUAUUCCAAUGGGAGAAGAACGACAAGUACCUUGCUUUACUACGGUACCUGUUGAAAAAUACCAUGUCAUUAAUGAUUUGGUUGUCGAUCGCGGACCAAGUCCUUAUGUGAGCUUGUUAGAGCUAUUUGGUGAUGAUAAGCAUUUAACUACAGUACAAGCAGAUGGUUUAGCCAUUUCUACGCCUACAGGUAGCACAGCCUACUCGCUUUCAGCAGGUGGUUCGCUUACACACCCUGAUAUUCAUGCUAUUCUAAUUACACCUAUCUGUCCCCAUACGCUCUCUUUUAGACCCACUCUAGUUCCUGACUCUAUGGAAUUGCGUAUAUGUGUUCCUUUUAAUUCAAGAAAUACUGCCUGGGCUAGCUUUGAUGGUCGUGGAAGAGUAGAACUUAAACAGGGUGAUCACAUCAAAGUAACUGCUUCGCGAUAUCCAUUCCCAACUGUCUGUAAGGAGGACCAAGCAACAGAUUGGUUCAAUUCACUUCAAAACUGUCUUCAUUGGAACAAACGAGAGCGUCAGAAAUCAUUUGCUGUUGUAGAAUCACAUCGUAACAAUAACAAGAAUCUUUCUGCCUCAAGCAGAAGCAAUAGUAGCCAACACCUAUCUCAUUCUCCCCGCACAAGUUCUGGCCAUGUAUCGCGCUCUGGUGGUCAUUCACCACCUCAACUUUCACCUCCAAGCAAUGGUAAUCGAAAAUCGUCUGCCUCUUCUUCUGUUGCUUCUUCCUCUUCUGAUAUAGGACAAGAUGAAGUGUUUGGCAUGUUUUAUGAUGACGAUUCUGGCAGUGAUCAUUACCACGGCACUAGCCGUCGUCGUAGUAGUGUUAUGUUAGAUCAAUCAAGUGCCUCUAGUACAAAUGAAUCUUCAGAUGACAGUGAUGAGGAUACCGACUAUUCGCCUGACGGUUUUACUGGCUGGACUGAUGAAGAAAUUGUUAAAUCCCGGUACAUGGCCAACAUCUCUAAAGAACUAGAAAAGGUGUCUAUCAAGCAUGUUAGUCAAUAAAAAAUUCUAUUUAUAAUUUGAAUAACUUUAUUACACAAAA